GACGCGCGCGGGCUGGGGAGAAGAAUCGAGGUUUGACUCGGGCGGGGACGACAAGCAAUUGAAGCGCAGGGACGGCGGCCGGCGCGGGCGGGCGAGGGAGGCCUUUGUCUCCUCCUCCCGCGCGCUCGGUGGUGCCACCCGGGUCCCCAUGAGCCCGCGGCCCCCCGGCGCCCGGGCGUCCCCCAGCCCCUGACCUGCCCUGUCCUCGCCAUGGCCGAGGCGGCCUCGGGCGCCGGGGGCGCGACCCUGGAGGGGGAGCGGGGCAAGAGGCCCCCGCCCGAGGGCGAGUCCGCGGCGCCUGCGUCUGGAGUUCUGGAUAAACUCUUUGGGAAGCGGCUCCUGCAGGCUGGCCGCUACCUGGUGUCCCACAAGGCGUGGAUGAAGACGGUGCCCACCGAGGACUGUGACGUGCUCAUGACCUUCCCAGACACCACUGAUGACCACACGCUGCUGUGGCUGCUGAACCACAUCCGAGUGGGCAUCCCCGAGCUGAUCGUGCAAGUUCGCCACCACCGCCACACGCGUGCCUAUGCCUUCUUCGUCACUGCCACGUACGAGAGCCUGCUCCGGGGGGCUGACGAGCUGGGUCUACGCAAGGCAGUGAAGGCCGAGUUUGGCGGGGGCACCCGCAGUUUCUCCUGCGAAGAAGACUUCAUCUACGAGAACGUGGAGAGCGAGCUGCGCUUCUUCACAUCGCAGGAGCGCCAGAGCAUCAUCCGAUUCUGGCUGCAGAACCUACGGGCCAAGCAGGGGGAGGCACUGCACAACGUGCGCUUCUUGGAGGACCAGCCAAUCAUCCCGGAGCUGGCUGCCCGAGGCAUCAUACAGCAGGUGUUUCCAGUCCACGAGCAGCGCAUUCUGAAUCGUCUCAUGAAGUCCUGGGUGCAGGCCGUAUGUGAAAACCAACCUUUAGAUGACAUCUGCGACUACUUUGGGGUAAAGAUCGCCAUGUAUUUUGCCUGGCUGGGCUUCUACACGUCGGCAAUGGUUUACCCUGCUGUCUUUGGCUCUGUUCUGUAUACAUUCACUGAGGCCGAUCAGACGAGCCGGGACGUUUCCUGUGUUGUUUUUGCUCUCUUCAACGUGAUCUGGUCCACACUGUUCUUGGAGGAGUGGAAACGGAGGGGGGCAGAGCUAGCCUACAAGUGGGGGACACUAGACUCACCUGGAGAAGCUGUGGAGGAGCCGCGACCCCAAUUCAGGGGCGUCCGCCGCAUCAGCCCCAUCACUCGGGCUGAGGAGUUCUACUACCCGCCCUGGAAGCGAUUGCUCUUCCAGCUGCUCGUCAGCCUGCCUCUGUGCCUGGCCUGCCUUGUCUGUGUCUUCAUACUGAUGCUCGGCUGCUUCCAGCUGCAGGAGCUGGUCCUGAGCGUGAAGGGCCUGCCCCGCCUGGUUCGAUUCCUGCCCAAGGUCAUGCUGGCCCUGCUGGUCAGCGUAAGUGCUGAGGGCUACAAGAAGUUAGCAGUGUGGCUCAACGACAUGGAGAAUUACCGGCUAGAGAGCGCCUACGAGAGACACCUUAUCAUCAAAGUCGUCUUGUUCCAGUUUGUCAACUCGUACUUGAGUCUGUUCUACAUCGGCUUCUACCUCAAAGACAUGGACCGCUUGAAAGAGCUCCUGCUACUCCUGUCCCUGACCCAGAGCCUCGAGCGGCAGCUGCGGGCGGCGCUGGUCCCGCUCGUGGCCCUGAGGUUCCGCCUGCUCCUCCUGUCCCUCCGGGGUUUCCUACUCGCGGCCCGGGCCAAAAUGCUGGCCACUCUGCUCAUCACCCGGCAGCUGCUGCAGAACGUGCGGGAGGUGCUGCAGCCUCACCUGUACCGCAGGCUGGGCCGCGGGGAGCUGGGUCUGCGUGCCAUGGGGGAACUGGCCCGGUCCCUGCUGGGCCUCUUGAACCCCCUGCGCCCGGAUCCUCGACGGCAUCUAGAAGCCCAGGCUGAUGAGGGAAGAGCGGGGAGCCACAGGUGUCUGGGCGGAGGCUGUGGGGCUCCCGAGGAAGAGGAAGAGACGGCAGUGGAGCGUAGGCCGGCAGGGGAAGGCGGAGAGGUCCCAGAUGGGCCUCGGGGUGGCAAGGAGGAGGACGACGACGAGGACGAGGAGGACGAGGAGGACUACGAGGACGAGGUCGAGGAAGGUGGCCUCCUGGACUGCGGGCUGCGCCUUAAGAAGGUCAGCUUUGUGGAGCGGGGCGCAGGGCGGCGCAGGCCAGGCCCGGGCCCCGAAGGCCUCCUGGAGGAGGGGAGCCCCACCAUGGUGGAGAAAGGGCUGGAACCAGGCGUGUUUACGCUGGCCGAGGAAGACGAUGAGUCGGAAGGGCCUCCCGGUAGCCCCGGGCCAGAGCCCCCGACCAUCUUGCUGCGUCGUGCGGGUGGCGAGGGCCGCGACCAGGGUCCUGAUGGAGGUCGAGACCCGGAGACCGGCCCCAGCGACACUGCUGGCAGACAGAGGAGGCACAACAGGUCCUCCUGGAUCGACCCGCCGGAGGAGGAGCAUUCUCCACAGCUCACUCAGGCAGAGCUGGAGAGCUGCAUGAAGAAGUAUGAGGACACGUUCCAGGACUACCAGGAGAUGUUCGUGCAGUUUGGCUACGUAGUGCUCUUCUCUUCCGCCUUUCCGCUGGCUGCCCUGUGCGCCCUGGUCAACAACCUGAUCGAGAUCCGAAGCGAUGCCUUCAAGCUAUGCACCGGCCUACAGCGGCCCUUUGGACAGCGUGUGGAGAGCAUCGGGCAGUGGCAGAAGGUCAUGGAGGCGAUGGGCGUGCUGGCCAUCGUGGUGAACUGCUACCUCAUUGGCCAGUGUGGCCAACUGCAGAGGCUCUUCCCCUGGCUCAGCCCGGAGGCGGCCAUCGUGUCUGUGGUGGUGCUAGAGCACUUGGCUCUGCUAGUCAAGUACCUCAUCCAUGCAGCCAUCCCCGACAUCCCAGGCUGGGUGGCCGAGGAGAUGGCCAAACUGGAGUACCAGCGACGGGAAGCCUUCAAGGUACAGGGCUGGGGUCCGGAUGAUGCGGUUUCAGGAGGGAAUAAAUUUGAGGCUGAGUCCUUAUCGAAAAACCCACGGGCUGCAGAGCGGGUAGCCACGCCCCCUACUCUCGGGUUCGGACCCACAGACUGCAGAGCGGGUAGCCACGCCCCCUACUCUCAGGUUCCGCACCCAAAGAUUCCACCAACUUGGAUGGAAAGUACUCAGUAUUUGUAGGGUGUGGAUGUGCACAGCUGUCAUCCCAGCUCCUAGGAGUGAGGACAGGUGGAUCAGUUCAAGGCCAGCCUGGGCUAUGCACUGUGCUAUCUCAAAAACCAAAGCAGCAUUUGCAUGUGUUCUGCGUAUGUACAGACUGCUGCAUUUCCCUUCUUUGUUUUGAGACUUAGCCCAUCCUGGCCUCAAAUUUGGAAUGCCUGUGUCAGCCUUCUGAGAACAGGCAUGUACCACCACAUCUGGUGCUCACUUUAAAUUCUUUAUAAUGCCCUUAGUGGUUGGGUUCUGCUGUGCAGCCCAGGCUUGCGGCUCCGUCCCCAGCCUCUCAGCUGGGACCACAGAUACGGAGCACAGUGCCCCCUCAGAACAACCGUUCCCACCCAGAGACUUUCUUCUUUAGAUGUGUUUUACUUUAUGUUACAAGUGCUUUGCCUGCAUGUGUGGCGCCACGUGCAUGCAGUGCCCUUGGGCACCAGUAGAGGGCGUCAGAGCCCCCGGAGCUGAAGUUACAGAUGGUUGUGAGCUGCAUUGGGGGUGCUGGGGACUAAACGGGUCCUCUGCAAGAGCAGCCAGUGCUCUUUACCGCUAAACGGUCUCUCCUGCCGCAUCUUAGGGACAUUUAGUCUGCAGGAAGGGUGAGCAGAUGACAAGCAGGGGCCGCUGCAGAAGGGACCAGAGCAUCCGUUGUCCCACCCUUGUGGGUGCUAAGGGGUGACUGUACCCGCUGCUCACAGCGGUGGGUGUAGUCUAGAUUCUUGAUGGCGCAAACUUCAAACCCUGAAGAAUGCUCGUUCUUCAGAUGUCCAGUCUGCCUCUUCCAAACUGCUCUGCAAACCGCAUGAAGGCCUGGGAGCCGCACCUUCUAGGGAAGACUAGCGUUCCCACCAGGAGCCAGGGUUCUAGGCUGACACUCCACCCUCCCUGGGGAUUCUGGGCUGGGGCUCCACCCUGAGCCACGCCCCCAGCCCCUCCCUGGGGAUUCUGGGCUGGGGCUCCACCCUGAGCCACGCCCCCAGCCCCCAUCAGUUCCAAGCGGAAUUUUAAUUAGUUUACUUUGAGGUCCCUGGGCUCACGCCUGUGGUCCCAGUCCGGGGAAGUUGAGGCUGGCAGGUUCCCAGCUCUAAAUCCGCGCUACACAGCGAACGCUCGUUCGAGAGGCCGCGAUGGCUGUGGGGAUCCCCGGGCUGAGGUCUGCGGUCUCCCCUGAGCGGCGGCCCGGUCUUCCCUCGCCCGGGUGGCGGGGCCCGGGCCCGGGCGCUCAGGCCGUG